CUUUAGUCAUUACGAGAGUUAUAGGUGUGCUCCGUCUCUCUCGACUCCCGAGCCUUCUUCACCAAGGAAACCGACGUGUGUACACUGUCUCUUCCUAUUCCUUCCCCCAACCAAUCUUCUCUGUUUCUUUCUCGGCAACCCUAAAAGGUUUUCCCCUCUCUCUCUCUAUUUCUCUCUCCAUCUCUCUCUCACGAACAUCCAAAUCCCUCCAGGGUUUGAAUCGAUCCGUGUGGGCUCAUGGCGAACGGUACGGAUUCUGAAGAGUUUGUGCUGCUCUCUCGGGUCCGGGCGGGUCACAAGCGCGAGUUUGCCUUCGCUUUGAAGGCACAAUCUGAGAUCUGUGGGUCUCUGGGUCGGACCCGGUCCAGGAAGACCCGGAAUGAAGUUUUGCAGACCUAUACCAGGAAGAAACUCAAGAGGUCGGAACCCAAGGAGGCCAAGAACGACGCCUCAAGUGAUAUGAAGAAGGCCAAGGAUUCGGAAGAUCUGGGGGCGAUGAGCGAAGAGGAGGCCAAGAGUGACGUGGUGGACCUCGUGAGCGACGACGAGCCAAAGAGUCUCGUGGGUGAAUCGGAAUCGGUUGCCGAGAGGGGGUCCAAGGACGACACUUCGUUGCCCGUUCCUGAAGAGGAAUUGAGAAGUGGAGUGGUGGAAAUGGCCGCAUGUUCGGGGAAGGAAGAGGAAGAAUUAAAGCAUGAUACAUGUGCUGCUGAAUUGAUGCGUGAAAAGGAGCGGAAUGAGAAUCAAGAGAAGACGAGCGAAACGGGAAUUGAUAAAGCGAAGGAGGAUUCGGGAAAGGACAAGAGGAAUGAAGCCAUAUUGAUAAAUGAAGAUCAUAAGGCGGGGUCUAUAGCCGUGGAGAAGCCGCUAAGGCGGUUUACGCGGUCGGCAUUGAAGCCGAGGGCCGAGGAGAAAUAUGCGGUGAAGAAAGGUGUGGAAGACAGUGAUAAGAAGGUGUGUACAAACUCUCAUGAAAGAGUUGGUAUCACGCCAAUUACUACUCCGCCUCCGUCAAUUGAGAUGAUGAAAUUGUUCAAGCAGAAGAAGUUUCCGUACAAGUUGAAAGAUUUGCUUGAAACAGGUAUUCUGGAGGGAAUGCCGGUGACGUACAUUCGGGGUGCCAAGGCUAGAUUAUCUGGAGAAGCCGGGCUGCGAGGUGUGAUUAAAAGUUCUGGGAUAUUGUGUUACUGUGAAGGAUGCAAAGGAAUUGAAGUUGUUACACCCUCCUUGUUUGAGCUGCAUGCCGGCAGUGCAAAUAAACGUCCACCCGAAUAUAUUCACUUGGAGAAUGGUAACACUCUCCGUGAUGUGAUGAACGCAUGCGUAAAUUCUUCUAUGGACUCGAUGGACGAGUUUGUUCGAAGUGUUAUUGGUUGUUCCUCUCUAAAGAAAUCUGCCAUCUGUCUGCAUUGCAGAGGGCCUUUUCGCAAAGCUGAUAGUGGGAAUUCAAUGCUGCUGUGUAAAACAUGUCUGUGGCUCAAAGAGUCUCGACCUAUCCCUGCUCAAACAGCUGAUGCUAUCCACUCGGGUGGGCAAAGACGUAACGAACUUCUUUCGAAGUGGAAAGCUGAUCGAUCACCAAAACCAGUUUUGGUUCCAAAGCCAUCUGACAGUGUUUUGAAGUGCAACACAUCUCUAAAUAAGAGUCAGGGAAAAUUAACUAGAAAGGAUCUACGCUUGCAUAAGUUGGUUUUUGAGGAGGAUGUGCUGCCUGAUGGUACCGAAGUAGCAUAUUAUUCUCGUGGACAGAAAUUGUUGGUCGGUUACAAAAAAGGAUUUGGGAUCUUUUGCACUUGCUGUGACUCUGAGGUCAGCCCAUCACAGUUUGAAGCUCAUGCUGGUUGGGCCUCGCGUCGUAAGCCGUACCUUCACAUUUACACAUCCAAUGGGGUGUCUCUCCAUGAAUUAUCCAUAUCCCUGUCAAAAGGGCGGAAAAUCUCUACCAAUGAAAAUGAUGACCUCUGCAGCAUCUGUCAAGAUGGUGGGGAUCUGUUGUGCUGUGAUGGAUGCCCACGCGCCUUUCACAUAGAGUGUGUUCCUCUUCCUCGUAUACCUAGUGGUACUUGGUACUGUAGAUAUUGCCAGAAUUUGUUCCAAACAGAAAAAUCUGUGGAGUGCAAUGCUAAUGCUGUAGCAGCUGGAAGGGUUGCUGGAGUUGAUCCGAUAGAACAGAUAACCAAGCGAUGCAUUCGCAUUGUCAAAACUCCAGAGGUUGACUUUGGUGGAUGUGCAUUAUGCAGAGGCCAUGAUUUCAGCAAAAGUUUUGGCCCUCGCACAGUUAUCAUCUGUGACCAGUGUGAAAAGGAAUAUCAUGUUGGCUGUUUGAAGGAUCACAGUAUGGAAAACCUUAAGGAAUUGCCCAAAGGGAAGUGGUUCUGUUGCACAGAUUGCAAACGAAUUCAUUCUACUUUGGAGAAUUUGGUGGUUCAUGGAGAACAUAAGCUUCCAGACUCACUUUUGAAUGUUAUAAGGAAGAAGCAUGAAGAGAAAGGUUCACAGAAUGACGCUGACGUUAGUAUAAGAUGGAGGGUUCUUAAUUGGAAAUUGGCCUCUUCUAGUGAAACUAGACCGUUGCUUUCAAAAGCUGUUUCCAUUUUUCAUGAAUGUUUUGAUCCUAUAGUAGAUGCUGCUUCAGGCCGUGACUUCAUUCCAUCAAUGCUCUAUGGAAGGAAUAUCCGUGGCCAAGAUUUUGGUGGAGUCUACUGUGCAGUACUAACAGUAAACCAAUCAGUUGUGUCUGCUGGAAUGUUCCGGAUAUUUGGGCAGGAAGUGGCAGAGCUUCCUCUAGUAGCAACAGAUACUGAUUAUCAAGGACUGGGGUACUUCCAGUCCUUGUUUUCUUGCAUUGAGAGGCUCCUUGACUCCUUAAAUGUGAGAAACCUUGUGCUACCAGCGGCCGAUGAAGCCGAAUCAAUCUGGACAAAUAAAUUUGGUUUUAACAAAUUAACCCAAGACGAGCUUAACAACUACAGGAAACAUUACCAUAUGGUGAUAUUCCAAGGAACAUCAGUGCUGCAGAAGCCAGUACUUGCUUCCUGAAAUAUUGGUACAUUGGUGUUUGGAGUGCCUGGAAAAGAUGUAUAAUUUUUUUCUUCUUCUUUUUGUGAAAUUGGAGGAGCCUCUAUUUUGAUGCUUUUGCCCUUUGGUGUACAGAUUCACAGAAAGUAGACAUCAUACCUCAUCAUACAAGCUGAUACAUAUUCUAUAUA